AUGAAAGUAUAAAAGCUGUUGUUUCUUGGUACAAUUUUGAGCAUAGUAAAGUCUUAAAAUUUUAUUGCAACUUCCUCUGAAUGUAGAACAGAUUGCAUUGAUUAAGGAUAAAAAUAUUGUAAGAAAGAUGAAUAUACAGGAUAUUGCUGCACAUUUUCUGAUACAUCUAGUUAAUGCAGUACAACAUUAAACGCUUGCUCAAAAAAGGAUAAUGUGACCACAGUUGCCAAAUACUACUAUUGCCCAAGAGACAACUAAGGCUGCGGAGAUCAAAUAAUUUCUGUUUCAACUUCAAAGUAGUUUAUUGAGAACUAAGACAGAUAAUUUGUUGCUAAAUCAAUUUGCUCUUAUGAGUUUGUAUAAGGUGAUGACUCCUUAGAUCCCAAGGGGAAAUACAACAUCUCUGUUAAGUUAGAAUCUUUUACUAGUACUUUCUAUGCUUUUGCUGUCUAUGGCGAAACCGUAACAACUGCUUAUUCUUCAUAAAAUCUGGCAACUUAACGAAAUUACUCAUAAAUCCUAGGAGACUCUAUAUUUUUGGUUGCACUCUGUGAUUCAUCUAAUAAUAAUUGCAAUUACAAGUUAUCAUAUUAACUGAUCAGGACCGACAAUAUAACUAGUUCAUCUACUAAUUCCUCAACAACAAAUACUACAAAUACAUAAAAUCAAACUUCAAAUAACUCUACAGUGAUCUUGCCAUCAUCACCUCCAAAAAAUGUGACUGAAUCUAGUACAAGCAUUACUAUUAUUUCAGACUAAAAUGAUAUUGAAGAUAAGGGAACCUCAGGGGGAACAGUAGUUGUUAUAGUAGUUGGAGUAAUUAUUCUUAUUAUUUUGCUUAGUUGUAUCGGAUUUUAUAUUAUGAGGAAGUUAAGGAAAAAUAAAGAACUCAAGGAAAAAGUUUUUGAGCCCGACCUUGCUGCUCUCGGAGAUUAAGGCCCGAGUGUUAUUAGUCCUGAUUAGUACGGACACUAGGAUUAUGUAUAUAAUCAAGAUCCUGAUAAUAUGGAUGAAAUUCUUAAUCAGAUUAAUAUGAUGGAAAAUGGCAAGGUAAAUAAUCCAUAGUAAGUAUACUAAUAAUAAACAAAUGGACAGCAAUAAUAAUAAUAUCAGAAUUAUUAGCAGCCUCCCCCUUAACAAUACUAUGAUCCUUAAAUUGAAAAUGAAAAUGAAGAAUAAUUAGAAAUUCCGAUGGACUUAUUGCCCGAAUGGAUGAGAGAAAUGGCUUAUAAUGAUCCAGAAUAAUUUUAAGAACUCAUGGAUAAUAUGGAUUAAGAUCAACUAUAAGAACUUAUUGAUUAAAACAAUUCUAAUUAAAUUCCAAAACAGAAAUCUGAUAAUUAAAGUAGAAGGUAAAAGUCUAGAGCAGAUCCCUAAAAUAAAAGAUCCAGAUAAAUUGAAAUAGAAGCAGAGGAAUAGAGAUAGCUUUAGCAAGUUAUGUUGCUGUCUUAGUAAGAAUAAUUUCCAUAGUAAAAUCAGAAUCAUCAUUAAAAUGUUGAACUUCUGGAUGAAUCUGCAAAUAAUCUCCAAAUGCUAGUUGGAAUAAAUGAUGAAGAGGAAUAUUACUAAGAAGUAGAUUUAUCUGAUAGAAAUCAAUAGAGAAAUCAUUGA